CUUUAUUAACCCGCUUAGGGCUCAAUAACAAAAUCCGUGCCAAACAUGAGGGAGAAAAUUAUGCUUCUCUUGAAGAUGUCAAUCCAGCCAACCAGUUUAUACGUGACAAUGAUGCCCAGUAGAGGAUCCUGGGAUUGAGACCUGACUCCCCUCCCACUGAUGGCCUGGGCUGAGUUUCAGCUGGCCCGCUGAAGCGAUGGGGAGCUGUUGGAGCUGUCUAUACAGAGACCCCAUUCGAGACAACCAUCUCACCAAAUUUAAGGUCACCAAUGUGGAUGAUGAGGGUAAUGAGCUGGGUUCUGGGACUAUGGAGCUCACACAGACAGAGAUCAUUCUUCAUACACGCAAGAGAGAUGCCAUCCGGUGGCCAUAUCUGUGUCUGCGGCGCUACGGCUAUGACUCGAACCUCUUUUCUUUUGAGAGUGGCCGUCGCUGUCAGACUGGUCAAGGAAUCUUUGCAUUCAAGUGCUCCCGGGCAGAGGAGAUAUUCAAUCUGCUCCAGGAGUUGAUGCAGUGCAACAGCAUCAAUGUUGUGGAGGAGUCAAUGAUGAUGACCCGCAGCGGUCAAACACCAGAGAUGGAUAUGCCUCGUACCCCACAGACUCCAAAUACUCCAGCAUUCCCCGUCCAGGGUUUCCCCAAUGGAUACCCUGGUUAUCCAAUCAGAGGUGAUUCCUCUCAACUCUCUCUUGCCGAUGAUCAUGGCCACAGCCUCAUGGGCUUAGACGACCAGGCCCACACUUAUGUUAAUACUGUUAGUAUGGAGGGAGAUCUCUCUAUGCGUCACUGUGUACACUCCCUACCUGAGGUGCGGACAAGCUCAUUUCCUGAGGCAGCGCGGGGACCCAUGCCCGUCGGAGGCCAAGGAGGUACGCAACCAAACUUGCGCUGCUGUCCCAUAGAGGAACACAAAGAUCCCCAGGUGUUCUUACAGCCGUCCUCGCAGGAGGUCAAAUUCAGGCUGGGACCCACGCCAGCACAGCGCCACCUACUGGAAAGGGAGAGAGAAAUGGAGAGGUUCGGGCACAAUCCUCAUAACCAUCAGCCAGUAGAGGGAGCCACAGGUUCAGAAGUGGAAAGCGACGACCCCUCUAUGCACAUGUGCAAUUCACACUCCUAUCACCAUUUCCACCACCUCAUGCACCGGCAUGCAGGCCAUGAACACCAAGAGGUUUGCAAGAACAGCCAGCUCACUUAUGAGAACAUCAAUGGCCUCAGGAGCAGCCGAAAGCAGAGGCUAAGUCCCAGUAGUGUGUCCCAGUCCGUGGGUUCAAGCAGCAGCAGCAGCACUGGGGACAGCCACACUCACUCCCUCCUCCACCCACACCCCCACGGCCCAUCAUCUCUACCCCCACAGGGCUACCCUUGCGAGAGGGGUCUGGGCGGAAGUCACCGUCGAACGGCUCUGCUCAACUACGAGAACCUACCCUCUCUGCCUCCAGUGUGGGAGUACAGUGCUCUGCAGCGGGACGAAGAGCAGGAGGAGGAGGACGAUGAGCAGGAUGAAGAGGAGUAUGAGGAAGAAGAGGAAGACUUUGACGAGUAUGAGUUCUCGGAGGGUCCCGGGACGCCCAAUGGUUAUCACCAGGACAGCCGCGGUAUCCACAGAGACGCCCUUCAGAACUACGUCAACACAGAGCAGGUCCAGUCAACGCGGCUUCGACAUACCUGCCCCCCACACCCGCAGGCAUGUCAGUCUGACAGAGGUGGGCGAGUAUUUAGCUUUGAUUUCCGCAGGCGGUCAGGGGCGGGGGUUGGAGGCUGUGAGCACGGCCAUAUGCCUCCAUCCCGGCAGCUGAACUACAUCCAGGUGGACUUGGAGGGGGAGCCACCCUGCCAAGGCCACAGCGGUGGGGGUGCCCAGUCCCAACCACAGCCCCAGCGCCUACCACCCCAAAAAUGUGGUCAACCGGCACCCCGGCGCAGUGAGUUCUACGCGGUUAUCGACCUGAAGAAGACGGCUGCCAUGUCCAAUCUGCAGAAAGCUCUUCCCAGGGACGAUGGGACUUCCAGAAAGACUCGCCACAACAGCACAGACCUGCCUCUGUAA